AUGUCGACCAGCGACCCCGACCCCACCAGCGCCACUCCCUCCCCCUCCCCCUCCCCUUCCUACAACACCCCCCUCCACAUCGCCGCCCUCUUUAUCAUCCUCGUCGUCUCCACCCUCUCCUGCUCCACCCCCCUCCUCACCACCCUCCUCUCCUCCCACCGCCACCGCCAUCAAUCCCCCCACUCCCACUCCCACCCCCACCACCACCAUCCUCUCACGCCGCCCUCCUCCUCCUCCUCCUCCCAAUCCUCCUCGUCCUAUACCUCCUUCCUCUUCGCCGCCCGCCACUUCGGCACCGGCGUCCUCCUCGCCACCGCCUUCGUUCACCUCCUCCCGACGGCCUUCACCGCGCUCGGCGACCCGCGCCUGCCGCCCUUUUGGACGGAGACGUACACCGCGAUGCCGGGGGCGAUAGUGCUGGCGGCGGUGUUGGGCAUCGCCGGGGUGGAGAUGGCGUUGGCUAAGCCGAGGCCCGCGGGAGGCGGAUCGGAUUCAGGGGGGCGUGCGGGGGAUAGGGGCAGUAGUGAUAGUGGUGGUGGUGUGGAUCGGGGAGAGGAAGCGGGUGUGGGCGCGGGCGGUGAGGAUUCGUCGGAUUUGAGGCGGCUGGAUGUGGACGUGCAGGGCGGCGGCAUGAGAUGCGAGCAGCAGGGCGGAGGCGCGGCGGAGAUGUUGACGAGAAAAGAGAGGGCGACGGGGGAAGAGCGAGAGAGUCGGGAAGGCGGCGCGGUUGAGAUGGGGGACGUGGCGCCGCUGACGCCGGAGCAGGAGCGUAAGAAGGAGUUGCUGCAGUGCAUGCUGCUCGAGAUGGGGAUUUUGUUCCACAGCGUCUUCAUAGGCAUGGCGUUGAGUGUGUCGGUUGGGAAGGAGUUUGUCAUUCUGCUGAUUGCGAUCGCAUUCCAUCAGACGUUUGAGGGGCUGGCAUUGGGAUCCAGGAUUGCAGCUUUGAGGUGGGAACGGAAGGCUGUCCAGCCUUGGAUGAUGUCGUUAGCUUAUGGAUGCACAACACCGCUCGGGCAAGCCAUUGGCCUGGGUGUCCAUACGCUCUAUAGUCCAGACUCGGAGGUUGGCCUGCUAGUAGUUGGGAUCAUGAACGCCAUCUCUGCCGGCCUGCUCGUCUACGCAUCCCUAGUAGAGCUACUGGCUGAAGAUUUUCUCAGUGAUGAGAGUUGGCGCGUUCUACGGGGAAAGAGACGGGCUUACGCUUGCUUGCUCGUGGUUUUGGGAGCCAUUGGGAUGAGUUUGGUAGGAGCAUGGGCAUAG